GUAGGAGGAGGAAGAGAACGAGUAGAGGGCGAAGUGAAAUGUCAGCUGGAUCCGGCGGCAGACAACAAACAUACGUACAUACUUAUAUACGCACUGACAGACAGACAAGAAACAGCUCGACACACUGAAUGACCAAGAAGAAGAAGAAGAAGAGAAAAAAGAGGAAAAUAAAAAUCGUUUAAUAAUAACAACUCUGGCGAUUGGUUUCUUCUUCCAGACAGUUCUACCGGCAAACAUAGCCAUGUCACGUCGACUGAACGAGACAGGUGCUGAUUAGCAGACAAGAAUGGCCCUAUUCUUGGAUACACUGGACUAUAGAGUGACCAACAUAUGGACAGGUGGACAGCCAAGUGAAUAAUACGGACUAAAUUUGGAUAGCUGUGUGCUUGAAGUAAAGGUCGUCGUAGAAUUUUGGAAAUAUGGAAUGUACUGGAAUAAUCUAAUCAACAAAAUUCUAAUCUUCAGUCUUUAGAAUUUCGCCUGUUACUUUACCCCUUACCUUCACGCAUUCAUUUAGCGUCCACACGCACAUAUUCAUACUCACACACACACACACACACGCAUAUUGCGUGUGAAUAUAUACGCACCCACCACAGACACAUCAUACAUUGCGUGUGUAUAUUACGCACAAACAGAGACACACGCGUACGUUUACAUACGUACGCAUAUAUAAAUUUACACACACGUUUCCAUACAACGAUUAGAACUGUUUCGAUUUUAGUCUUUGUAUACAACAUAUACAUAUGCUUGUACACAUAUAGAACUGCCGAACAUACACACGUGUGUACCACAUACAAAUAUAGAUUCUGAACAUUUAAAACAACAACAAAAACAAAAACAAAAGAAAUCCAUUUAAGAAACCUUACUGAAACCGAAAGUAAAAGUAACCGGAACGUUAUAAAGUGAUAAAGAAAUAGAAAAAGAGUGAAGAUGGGUAUUUUGAUAACUUCUGAAGAAUCUUCUGGCACUGCUUCCCCUUUACUUUUGAGUGAACAUACCGAUACAGUCUCAGAUUGGAAAAGUGCUGCUGAGUCUUCACCACCAUACAGUGCACGAUCAUCUCCCAAGAGGGAACCGUUACUGAGCAGUCUUGAGAAGAAAAGUGCAUCACUGGACAGUUGCAACAGUAGGAAGGAGAAAUUAGCAUCAAGGUCAAGAGGUCAUCUGAAAUUGACUCCAAAGGACCAGAAAAUUCUGGAUGUGAUGAAGAGCAGAAGAGAAAAUGAAAGAGCUUGCUGCCAGAGACGACAGAUGCUGCAUCAUCAGUGGGAGAGAGAAAAAAGACAAGAAGAAAUGGUGAAAAGCACUUUGGAGAAUAUCAGAAGAAAGAUGAUAAGAGUUGCUAAUUUAAAAUCUGAGAAAAACCUGAAUGAGAUCUGGGAAGAAGAAAGCAAGAAACUUGAAGAUAUAGAUGCCACAACGCCGGCUGAUGAUGGUUCUAUGACACACAGAAGUGACCAGUUGCUGGAGGAACUGAUAAAGAAGGAGGAGGUGAGAGUCCGAAUGAGUAACAGGAGAAAACAGAAAAAGAAACAUCAGGAGGAGAAACUGCAGGACCUGACGCGGGAAGAGGAACUGAUGAAGAAGAUGUUACAAGAGAAACAAGAAAUGGACAUCCAGAGAGCAUCACAGAAGAAACAAACUAUGGUUGCCAACAAUGUUGCUAAAAUGAAGAAAGUCAACACCGAACGUUUUAAUAAGUAUAAAACACAGAAAGAGUUUUUAAAUACACAGGAAAGGGAUAUUUGUGAGAGUCUAUCUCAAGUCCUUGCACAACAACAGGGACAAGUGAUGGACAAUUUGGAAAAACUUACCAAUGAACGUGUUGUUUUGCAAAAAUAUAAACGAAAAAUCUUUGAUAAGAGACUUGAAAGAAGCCGGAAUCUCAAACACCAAGGAGAGAAGGAAAAAUGUUGUGGCAGAAAGGCAGUGGAAGAACUUGCUGAAGAGACGCAGCAAAAAGUCCAGACACACACCUGCUCAGCUCACAUGAAAGCCCAGAAGGCACGUGAGGAUCGAUUACACCGUGAAAUUAGUCAUGCUUCAAAUAUGAAGAGGAUCAACACAUAUCUUGAGUUGUGGAAAGAGAAGACAGUAGAACAUCUGAGUGAGAAAGAAAAGCGGUUGGAAGAAAUACAGGCUGCCAGGGAGCAGCAAAUGAAUGAGGCACGUGCAUCAGCUCACCGUUCAAUGAUUCUACGGAACAAGUUGCGCCAGUACUACGAUCCAAACAACUUUGAUAAGAAGCUUCUGGAAGCAGAACUCUACAUCAAAAUGGGAUCUGGGAUACAAACAGCUGCAAAAAAUCUCUCCUCCUUCAGUAUAAGCUAAAAGGUAUUUUGAAGAAAAGGAGGAGGGAAAGAAAGAGGAAAGUGUUUGUCACCGACUAAGAAUUGGCUCUACCCCAACCCACCAUCAUCCUAUCUCUCUUAUUCCAAUAUAUGUA